GGCGGGCUAGUUGUUGGAAUACAGAAUUAAAGGCAGAGUGAAUUCUCUAACCGUUUACUCUGAACGCUUCCGUUUUGGACCCUCCCUGUUUACAGCUGGAUAUUUCCACAGUUUUUGUGACAUUUCUGGAUUAUAUCUCGAUAAUGUUUCCUACUUGAUCGUGUUCGUGAAUCGUACGAGGCUCGAAGCUCAACCUAGCAAUCUGUCCUUCUGCACUUUAUUAGCGUAGCUUAGCAUGUUAGCAUCGUCGGAGGUUUAAAUGUCAGAGACGCGCGCGCUUCAUCCUGCUGUUUAUUUCUGUUCUCUUUAAUAUUGAAUAAUUAUCGGGGUUUUAUUAUUAUUAUUAUUAUUAUUAUUAUUUUGCAAUAAUAAUAACAGUACUCAUCGGAAUACUCAUUAACAUACUGCUGUUUAUUAUUAUUGUUAUUAUAUAAAUAGCUGAUGACCAACUAACUGUAACUUGAACAUUAUUUUCCGCUUAUUUACUUUAAUAUCAGUGUAAAUUCGGAUGCAUUCAUUAUUUUCCGUCCCUCAGACCUUCUUGCAGGAUAAAUUUCAUCAGGAAAUCGAUGCACUUGUUUAUUUUGCUGCUGUUAUUAAUUAAGUGUUAUAACUCAUUAAGACCUCUUAUAAAGUCAAGCUGCUUUUUAAAUGUCAAACAUUUUUUCUGACCCUCUCGGAUUUCAUGUUCAGCAAUUUUAGACGACAAGCUACUAAGCAAAUAUAAUAAUAAUAAUAAUAAUAAUAAUAAUAAUAAUAAUAAUAACUAAAAGCUCCUUCCUGCACCGUUUGUUUGCUGUGACGCCGCUGCGCACGUGCUGUCAAAAAGAAUCCUCCACUUCCUGUACAUCACUAAUGGCAGCUCUAGCACUUCCUGUUCCUCUGUUUCCCAUGAGCCCCUGCAGUUUUCUUCUCGUAACCCCUCCAAAGAAAUUCCUCCACUAAAGAGGAAUUCCAUCAAUACACCAACCGGCACAUCACAGUGCUGCCCAAUCAGAGUGGCCUGGAAGCCCAGCAUGAGAAUUUGCUCUGGGGCGACCCAACCACCACCUGCAGCAGCCGUACCAAUUGGAAUCAAGUGAUUAUUGAUGCAAAGGACACUAAAACUUGGACUUCUGGUUCCCCAAAGUCAUUAGUCAUAGAAUGUGUCUUGGAUGCUGACGCAUCAUAAAUUGUGAAUUGCAGCAUGAGUAUGGCUACAGGAGCUAGCCAACACAGCCACUACCCAAUCAGCAAAGCCAGUGUUAAUCACUCCUCAAGUAUGUUCUCUAGUCAGGGUGGCCCCAACAGGGGUUGGGCCUCUGAGGGCAAAACUGAUUUGUCCAUGGGUACCAGAGGCCAGUCCAAUUGGGGCUCUUCAAAUAUAAACUUGAAUCCCAGUGCUAACCCUGCCGCGUGGCCCAUACUUGGACAUGAUGGCCCAGGGGUGGGGUCCAGGUCUGGGGUUAUGGGUGGGUCAAGUUCAGUCCCAUCAAAUAUCUGUGGCCCAGGAGGUGUCGCGCCUAUUCAAGGCACCAAUGGAAAUGGAAACCUUGUAGGAGACUGUGCUUGGGGAAGCCCAGACACUCCAGAGCAGCACCAGUCCCCAACAAGCAUGACUUUCAGCAUGGAGCCCCCAAACCUUAAAACUGAUGGACUGAACACUAAAGCAGAGCCAAUGAGCCCUGUUGAUGGUUGGGGAAGAAAUAUGAGUCAGUCUCCCACUGAGCCAGCCACUGGAGAUAGUACUGCUCGGUGGGGUAAUGGAGACCCCAAGAGUGGAGAAUCAAAAGACUCAAGCUGGGAUUCUGGUGGCAUCUCCUCUUGGGGACAGGGGGGAGGUGAUGCAAAUUGGGGCCACUGGAGCAAACAGUCAAGCACUGAAGGUACCAGGUGGGAUGCAAAUGAUGGUACCACGCAGGAGUCAAUGAAUUCCUGGGGGACUGAUGCUCCAGGCAGCGAAGGUAGCAAGGACAGCAGUGAAGGAUGCGAAGGACAGAGAGAAAGGUCCUCCAGUAUGGAUGUUCCACUUUUGCCAAGGCAGGACUUGGAUCCUCGUGUGUUGUGCAACUCUGGCUGGGGACAAACCCCUGUCCGGCAGCACACAGUCUGGGAAAUGGAUGAAAAUCUUGGCCCCAAGGAUGAUGGUGGUACUGAAGCUUUGGGUACUUCCUCUAAUGCACCUUCAACUGGAUCACCACCACAUGCAGGAUGUGCCAAUCCCAACCUAAAUGUGCCUCCUAGGAUGGAAUCUGGGAGCAAGACUGAGGGGCUUUCUCGACUUAUGCCAACACCACGCUGGGGAGGAUCAUCCUCACCAACAAAUCAGGCAAGCACUGGGUGGGGAGAGCCACCUGCUAAUAAGAAAGCGUCCCAUGGCUCUGUUGGUAGUUGGGGUGAUCCAGUGCCAGAUAGCCCAAGCACCAAUGGUUCCACUGGCCAGUUUUGGGGAUCAGAGGAAAAGUCUUCAACGUGGGAUGAUGGCCCUACCCAAGUAAAGUCACAACCUGGAGGAAAUGGACAUAGUUCCUCGUCGGGCUGGGGAAAUUGUGCAAGUGGAGAUUGGGGAGAGCCUUCAGAAGGUAGGAUGGAGGGUUCUCGUAGUUCCUCUUGGGAUGGAGAUGGAGGGAGUUGGAAGGAAACCCAUAAGGGCUGGGGAAAAGCGGUUCCACCAGGAGGUGAAAAUUGGCGUGACUCUCAACGUUCAAAUGGUCCUGUCCAGGGUUGGGGUGGAAAGAAUCCUCAAGAAUCCAUGGAGUCUUGGGGUGGCCCAAACUCUGUGAAGCAGGGUGGUUCUAACUGGAGGUCUACAGGAAGGCAGGAGCCAAGGGACGAGGCUACAGGCUGGGAAGAGCCUUCCCCUUCUUCAAUACGAAGGAAAAUGGAGAUUGAUGAUGGAACUGCCACUUGGGGAGAUCCUAAUUCCUACAGAACCUGUGUAAACAUGUGGGACAGAAAUAAUCCCUCCUCCCAGGGCAAUCCAACUACCAGCAACAAUGGGGGCAACAGCAUCAACCAUACAGGGCCUGCCCACCACAGCCACAGUCAGACUCCAAACCACUCUGACGGGAACAACAAUGGUUCUAAUAACCAGUUAGGACCUUCUCAAAGUAGGAUGCCCAAGGUGAACCCAGGCUGGGGAGAGCUCCCCAACGUUCAGCCCAAAUCUGAGUCUUGGGGGGAGCCGGAUUCCUCGAGCCCCAUGGUGGAUAAUGGCACUGCUGCCUGGGCAAAGUCACCCAAAGCCGCUGGAGUCUGGGGAGAAAACGGCCAUGAAUCUAGCGGAUCCUUUGGCAGAGGCUCAGGAACCUCCAAACCAGCCCCCAAAUCUAUGCAAGACAGCUGGGGUUCCGGUGGGGAGGAGAUGGGCAUUAGCAGCAGCCAGUGGGACAUUGAGGAUGGGGACAUGUGGACAAGCCCCACCUCACAGGACAACACUUCUUCCUGUAGUUCCUGGAAUCAACCCAAGAAAGGACUGCAGAAGGGCAAAAUUUCGACCAAACAAGAUGAAGUUUGGAUCAUGAACCGACUGAUCAAGCAGCUCACGGACAUGGGCUUCCCUAGGGAUCCUGCAGAGGAGGCACUGAGAAGUAACAACAUGAAUCUGGAUCAGGCUAUGACCGCUCUGCUGGAGAAAAAGAGUGAUGGAGAAAAGCGAGGGAUGAGGACGCUGUUAUGUCGCCCUCCGAACCUCUCAAAAGAUUUGUCACUGGACCGAACCGCCUUCCUGGACAAGGACGGUGGAUUAUCGGACGACACGCCCACAUCACCCUUUAUUCAUUCUCCUGGCCUCAAACUGACCAACAGCAGCCUUUCUAGCCACGGCAUGGGCGGAGUCUCACCAGGACUAAUGCAAAACUUGAACAGCAGACAGAUGAAUGGAAUGUUUGGUGGUAAUGGAGCAGCGCAAUCCAGGGCUCCACCCCCUCAAGCACUAAACUCCGCCCAUCAUCCCCCACUACGUGCUCAAGUGCCUCAGUUUCUCUCCCCUCAGGUUCAAGCACAGCUCUUACAGUUUGCAGCAAAAAACAUUGGCCUGAAUCCUGCACUUUUAACCUCACCGAUAAAUCCUCAACAGAUGACCCUGCUUUACCAACUCCAACAACUGCAGAUGGCAUAUCAGCGUUUGCAAAUUCAGCAGCAAAUGAUGCAAGCUCAGCGAAAUGUUUCUGGUCCCAUUAGACAACAGGAGCAGCAAGUUGCACGUACAAUCUCGAACAUGCAGCAGCAGAUUCAGCAGCACCAGAGGCAGUUAGCUCAGGCCUUGCUGAUGAAGCAGCAGCACCAGGCCUCGUCCUCUCACUCUUACCCCAGCCUCGGCAAGCCAAACCUGGACACUUUCCCAGGAAACUCCCAGGCUUCUACAGGCCUCUCCAUGUCAGACCUGCACACCAAAGAGCCGCACGCGUCUCCCAGCUCCUUCAGCGCGUAUCCUCUGUCUGGACUGAACGGGGGUGUGGGUGUGGGCUGCAUGGACGCUCUGAAGGACGCUCAGCCCCAGCCUCAGUCUCGGUUGUCCCAGUGGACUCACACCAGCUCCAUCGACUCCAUCAGCACCACCACCAGCCCCAGUGCUCUGUCCUCGAGCCAUGCUGCCAACAUUAAACCCGUGAUGGAGGAUUCUUUCAGUCCUUAUAACCUGAUGUCCAGCUGCCAAUCUCCCAGCAGCCCCUUGGGGGCACCAGAGAGCUGGCCACCAGGCAAAAACACUAACGACAAAAUGGUCAACGGGACGAACGUCAACUGGCCUCCGGAGUUUUGUCCAGGAGUUCCCUGGAAAGGUCUGCAGAACAUUGACCCCGAGUCUGACCCCAACGUGACCCCAGGAAGUGUUUCCGGCUGCCCUACAAUCAACACCAAUAUUCAGGACGUUAACCGUUACCUGCUGCGGGACAGAAACGGAGGUAAACUGUUAGACAUGAAGUCCACCUGGUCUACAGGUUCCAUCUCACACACUCAGGCCUCGCUGUCUAACGAGAUGUGGAAGAUUCCUGUGGGUGGGCGGAGCUCUGGAACAGUGCCCCGCCCCCCGCCAGGCCUCACUAAUAACAAACACAACAACAGCUGGACACCUGGACCGCUGAGCAACAGCUGGAGCAGAGACUACUCCUCAGAGAGCACUGGUUGGAGUUCUGAUAGCUCCAGCAGGACCAGUAGCUGGCUUGUGUUGCGUAAUCUCACUCCUCAGAUCGAUGGUUCCACUCUGAGGACUCUGUGUAUGCAGCAUGGUCCCCUCAUUACGUUCCACCUCAGUCUGCCGCAGGGGAACGCUCUGGUGCGCUACAGCUCCAAAGAGGAAGCAGCUAAAGCUCAGAAAUCCCUGCACAUGUGCGUUCUGGGUAACACCACCAUCUUGGCGGAGUUCGCUGGAGAGGAGGAAGUGACUCGUUUUUUCUCUCAGGCUCAGUCGUUCCCGCCCUCUGGCAGCUCCGCCCACCCUGCCCUGGGUCAAUGGGGCACAUCGACCACUAAGGGAGGCAGUAACCCAGGGGGUGGGGCAAACGGGGCAGGGGCGGAGCUGCUGUGGGGCGGAGUCCAGCAGCCGUACUCCAGUUUAUGGGGGCCGAUCAACGGAGAGGAGAGUCGGGUGAUGGGGAGUCCGGUUCCUGUGAACACGCUGCUCCCCGGAGACCUGCUGAACGGAGAGAACCUGUAGAGCAGCAGGAACCGAGGGGCCAAACACCCACCACAACAAAUCAGUGUGAGGAUAAUCACCUUCCUGCAAACUGUUUAUCUUCUUUCAUUAGAAGUAGAAACAAAAAGUAGAUUUACAGACAUUUUAUUGAUGUAAAGAAGGAAGAGUGGACUGAAGGGAAAGCCUCGGAUGUUUUUUUUUUCCUGAAGAAGAAGACGAGACAAGGCGGCCAUUUUAAGUCAAGACUUUAAAAAAAAAAAGAGUAGUCUCCUCACUACUCCUGCUUUAACCUCUUUAACUUUCUGAUUUCUUUUCUUUUUUAUUCAAACUUCUCAGCCUUAAGUAUCUCUUUUUUUUAAACAUUUUCUAAAAAAAUAACCUAAAGAACAUUUUAUAACUUUUUCUGUUUCUGAGCCAACGAUUUGGACGAGGGAAAAUAAAAGGCCAAUCAGACGCAUUUUCCCUCAGAAUUUUACAACAAAAAAAAGCCUGAGGUACCCUUACCCGAGUAUUCUUAAAAAAAAGAAAAAAAAAGUGUGUGUACAGGAAGUUGACCAAGCAUUCAUUACAAACCACAGUCUAAAAGACCUUCACUGGGUUCCUUGUGUUUCUGUCCUGAGCGGAUUUCAGCACUGAAUGUUGGACGUUUGUAUUAUUUUUAUAUAUUUUUUUUUCUCCCCAAGAUCCGAGGAAGAAGAAACUCCGUGUCCGUGUGAUGCGUUGUGCAAUAUAUCUGUCAUCAUCGUUGUCGUCUGCUUACUCUUCCGUCCUCGCUGAAGCUCUUUUUAUACGUUAAAUCUGUUCUACAAAGACUUACGGACUUGCCGGGUUUCUGACUCGCUGCUCAGCGGCUGUGUCCCAAAUCCAUGCACACUUUCUCUUGAAACGGAGAGAUUUGAGAUUGCAAGCGGGAAAGACUCGACUUUCAGGCACAACACCAAAACGAAUCUUUUUCUCUUAAUGCAGUAAAAAAAAAAGUAAUGUGUUCUGAGGGUUUAGUAUAACGUAUGGUGAUCUGAGAAGCACUUAUGGACAGAUGGAGUGAUUGGAUAAAGAAAAAAGAACAAAGAAAAGACUAUUUUAAAAUUCUGUUUUUGGAGCGACUUUAAAAAGACUGAAUCUACAAUCAGACUGAAAUUCGCAGUACGUUUUUACACUCAGUGUUUUUCCCACCUCCUCUUUUCUGGAUUAAAUCAAAUGAAUGUCAUCGUUAUUCCAAACUUGCUUAUUGCCUUCGCUGCAUCCGGGAAAAGACGCCGGAAACAGGGAUUAUUACCCGGACCAGUUCCUGACUGAGAGGUGGCUCGUAAUGCAGCGGUGCAGCAACGUGCUGUGUCGUGAUGUCACAAUGUCACAAUGUUGAAGUCGGUGUCAGAAUGCUGUGAUGUAACAGUGCAAGAUUGCUGUGGUCACAGUGUCGGAAUACUGCGAUUCCACAAUAAGGCACGGAUGGUAAUGUAGGAUGUCGUGUGACGUUGCACUAUUGAAAUUCCGUGAUGUCACAAUGAUUAACGUGGGACCUUAGGUGAUGUUGGAAUGCUGGGACGUCACAACGAUGGACAGUGAUGCCAUAACAGGGAACAUUGACAUCGCAGCGACAGAAUCCUGUGCUGGUGCAACGCGGGAUGCCUCGUGAUGUCACUCCCACGGAACGCAGUGACAUCACAAUGUUACACAACGACACGGAAUGUCCGUUUCCUAAGAAACUUGAGACUCGCCCGAAGUGGUGCCCUACACACUGUUCCCUACACCCUGUUCCCUCCACACGCCCUCAGGCAUUAUGGGUAUUCUGUAAUGUCCUCAUCCACAUUCAGAGACUUGCGUGUUGCAGUGCAUUGUGGGACUUCCUGAGUGCACCUGCAAAAUAGUGCACUACGUAGUGAAUAGGGAAUGAUUUUGGACACGGUGAUGGAACCUGUGUAAUGUCUUUUUGUUUGUUUGUUUGUUUGUUUGUUUGUUUGUUUUGUCGCUACGAAUAAUCAAAGCCAAAUCAACACCUCGCGCAUCUCUGCACCUUCAGCAGGAAACCCAGAGACUCCCGCGAACCUGGAGUCAAAAAAUAUGGGAGUUUAUUUGACUGUUUGUUUGUUUUUAUUCCUCAUCCUGCACAUUUCUGGAGACCGUCAGUGUUCAUAUGCACAAACACUUCCUGUCCUGUGUAACGGAAAAAAAGGAACAAUUCGAAUAAUGAUUGUUUUCUGAUCUGAUGUGAAAAAUCAUUUGUUUUUGUGUGAAACAUUGUUCAGAAUUUUGGAGAGUGUGUGUGUGUGUGUGUGUGUGUGUGUGUGUGUGUGUGUGUGUCCAUUCUCACAGCUGCUAAACGUCCUCCUCUUCUGCCCUGUUUGCAGCCUCUGUCGUUUUCCCCUCCCCCUUUAGCGAGUAAACGAUUAGUGAGCGUUAUUAACAGCAGCCGUUACUUGAACCACCUGCUCCGAGAAAUCCUCAGCGUUCCAGAACGGAAUUCGUUUUUGUUUUGUUUAAAAAUAAUUUUAGCCGCUAUCAUACUCUCGAGCCAGCACAUUAUUUUGUUACUAUGCAAAAUAAAUUAAAAAACACGGACACAUCGAUGAGGUGGUGGGCGGUCCUUUCGGUUUUGAGUUGUUUUUUCUCCCCCCUUUAAGUGCCAAUUGUGUUGAGUGACUCCAAUCCAAACACCUGUCAUUCCAGCACUCGUUCAGGGAUGUAAACGACACACAAGUAAAAAAUCUGAGAAAUAAAAACAGUUUGAAAUGCGAUCAACUUUUAAGUCGUGGUUCAUCGCCCUUAUGACAGACAUCGCUGAUCAGCCGAGACGUGUUCGGUGCUUUUGGUGGAGUUUGCAUCUUCACGCAUGAGCUGGAGCUAUGAGUCUAAGACUACGUUCAGACUGCACCCUGAAACGACCCAUAUCCGAUUUUUUUGCCCAUAUGCGACCUGUAUCCGAUUUGUUAUUGACAAUCUGAACGACACAGAUCUGAUUUUUUCACAUGCGACCCAGGCCGUUUGGAUAUGUGGUCCUAAAUCCGAUUCAUAUCCGUUAUUUUCACAUGCGACUGCAGUCUGACCGGACAGGUCGCAUUCAUGCCACCUACACGUCAUCAACAAGAGACAAACAUCACUAUUCUGCGUUGGCUAAUCCCGCCUCUUUGGUGGAAAACAACAACAUUUGUACAGUUUUCAGAAUUUAAAUAGACUUUUAUAGAAUUGAUCAAGCUAAUGGUGGAUUUGGUAGGGACCUGGAUGUUGAUCUGUUAGCCUGAUUAAAUAAAACAGUUUCUAUAACUGAUUUAUAACUUAAACCAUCCUGUAUUACAAGAUUAUAAGAUUGUUCUGGAAAUUUCCAGUAAUUUGACACCUUCGGUCUCAUUAGUCUGCUGCCCACAUUAAUCAGAUUAUUGUGUGAGUUCCGCCGCUGCCACAAAAACCACAUCGCCAGGUCUCGCCUCAUCUCCAUCACAAACUGCACUGGUGUUUCUGCACCUUGAGCCAGCGCUGAGAGAAGCUGCAGAAUUCAGCUGGCUAUAAACAAUCUAAAUAAAUAUUUAUAAAAAUGUAGAAAAAGUUUAUUAAUAUGACGAAAUAAAUAUGUGCAAAUUAUUAAGCCUGAAUUAAGAGUUUGGUAAUACAGCGGCCGGAUCCCAAAUGACUGCCUACUGAAGCUCGAGUGCACUAUAUAGAGUUUAAAAAUCCAUUACUUCCUAGUAACAUGUAGUGCACUUAUAUAGAAAUUAGAGAGACAUUUAGGAGUCAACCCUCGUUACCAGGCUACACGUUUUCAUUUCAGUUCAGAAACAAAAACACACACGAGACCUCACACUUUAACACUAACCAGAUCAUUAAACAAACAAACAAAAAAAAGAAAUCAUUAAACUUGAAGAGUGCGCUUUUUUUUUGUUUACGUAUUAGGUAGAUGUGCUUAUUACGUGUCAAUUUGCGCAUGCGGGACACUUUUGGGUCGUUUUCCGUUCAUAUUGGAGAUCGCAUACAAGUCUCAUAUAAUUGGUAAUGUGAACGGCCUAACAAAAAAAUCGGAUUUCACAACAAAUCGGAUAUGGGUCGUUUCAGGUUGCAGUCUGAACGUAGUGUAAAACACACACACACACACACACACUCUGCCCGCUCAAAUUUCCUGAACAUGUGGAGGUUUUUUGUUUACAGUUUAUUAUAAAUGAAAUAAGGAAAUAAAAUCUGGAGCUGUAACACACACACACACACACACACACACACACACACACACACACACACGUUUAUGUGCCAAGUGCCUCAUUAAAGUGAUCCAGAUUGAACUCUUCCCUUUAGAUAUAGAUUUCAAAAAAAAUUAAAAGUUAAUAAUUUCUCAGUUCACUUAAACCCGUUUCUUACUGAUAAUUCUAAUGUGUACAUUUUUAUUAUAAUUUCUAAAUACUAAUUUGUAACAACUUAGAAUUUCUACAUUUAUACUUCUGUUUUUGUUUCCUUUAGUAAGUAAAUAAUUAGUGACCCAAAUUAGACUUUUCCAGUUGCAACUAGAAUUUUUUUUCCCCAGUAAAUAAUCCCAAACACUUCUCAGUUCUCUGAAACCUGUUUCUUACUUCGAGUUAUUAAUUCUAAUUUUAAUUUCUAAAUCCUGCUCUUCCUCCCUGUUUGCACUCCGUCAUGUUGUGUUUCUCAUGUAAACGGGGCUGAUGAUGAUUAGCAAGAGUCACUAAUUGGACCUGAUCCACCUGCUCAGGAGAAAUCCUCCGCGUUUCAGAAUGUAGUCGGUGUUUGUUUAUUUUCGCCGCUGACUCGAUCCCGAUGCAGCACAGUGUUUUGUUUCUAUGCAAAAUGAGAGAAAUUCGUAAACCUUAUUUCUUUCUUGGAUUAACUAAUUCUAGAAAUUUCUAACUUGAGCCUGGUUCAUGUUUCCAACUGCGUCAUUUUUAACAGCUUUCCAUGCCUUUUAGGCCCCGCCUCCCAGCAUUGAACGACUGAAUCGUAGCAGAAACGUGGAAGUGAAGUUUCUUUGAUACUGUGAUGUAUUUGAUCAUUUUAUUCAUUAUAACGCUUUCAUAAUCCACAAUAUUGAAAAUCAUCAUUAAUAACCAGAGAGAGUCACAAUCAGCACUUUAUCAUUUUCAUCAAAUAUGAGAGAGAGAGAGAGAGAGAGAGAGAGCUUCCGCUGGUUCUGAAAUCUUUAACUGUAGAACAUUUUAAAGUUUUAAACAAAAAACUUUUUUUUUCUUAAGGAGUGCAGAUCUCAAAAGUGCACGUUUCCUCAAAUGUCAAACUCUUUGAAUUUAAUGUAAGUCAUGUUGGAGUUAAAAUCCCUUAAACACUCGAUACAAACAAAUGAAAGCUUGAAUACGUAAGCAAACCGUCGCAGGAUGAAACUAAAUAAACGACAGAUUGCUCACAAAUGUUGAGAUUUUCAUUUAAUGCACAAGGGGGAAAAAAAUUCUGCUAAUAAGCUAGCUCUAGCUACUUUCACUAAUAUCGCAGGAGACUAUAUUGAAUUUGAAAAGGCUAAAAUUGUAACCUUAAGAGCAGGGCUUUGAACCAGAAUUUUUUUCCUAUUGGUUCGUUCCGAACAGAAACGGAAUUUUAACGUUUCCGGUUUUGGGUUCCACCAUUAAAUAGACGUUCCCGAACCGGUUAGAACAAAAAAAUUUCGUUCCCGGAACGGUUAAUUACGUUCCCUGUCAGCUGUUUAACAAAUGGCUAUAAAAUUAUGUCUCUGUCUCAUCCAGCUUAAGCCAAAUGUCGGCUAAUUCUAUUACAACCUUCAUUAAAUAAGACAAGAAAUAAUUCAAAACAAUUAUUAUUUCAAAUGUUGCCGAUUUGGAUUCUCAGUACGUCUUCCCAUCUACACAAACAGAAAAAGUGCCAAAAAUGAAAGAUAAUUCGUUUAGUGUGUUACCAAAGGCUAGUCAGGCCCUAUGCAUUGAUAGGCUAACAGAGGUUAACGUCAUUUAAUGUUCGCGAGCCUCUCAUUAACGUGGACAAAUAUAUUGAUAUCGUGUUUGAAAUUGACGUUUUUGAAUAACGAUAGACUGCAAUAUUUACCUCUUAUUUAAGAUGUGGAGACGUGAUAGUAGUCCACCCUCCCGCUCUCUCCAUUCAGUCAGCGAACGUCACACAGGAAGUGAACCCCAGCGGGUCAUAGAAACUUGCGCAGGAGAAGAAUGACUUUUUUUUUAUUUUUAAUAAGCGUUUCUGUUCCGGAACAUAAAAAAUAAUAAAGUUUCUGGUUUCGUUUCUGUUCCAUGUGAAAUAGAAAAAGUUCCCGGUUUUCGUUUUCGUUCCUUGAACCGGUUCAAAGCCCUGCUUAAGAUAUAUAACUUUUCGUUUGUUAUAAUUAUUAAGUGGUAAUUUAAUUAAUUAUAAUUUUUAUCAUCCAAAAAUAGUAAAUAAAUUUGUGUCCCUGUUUAUCUGUCCAGCUGCAUGUUUAAGGAAAAUGCUUAAAUCUGGUAACAAAUAUAAAAACUAAAGAACUCCAGACAUCGGACACGUCCUCGGCUGAUCAACGCUUUUGGGUUAGACCUGACUAAAUUUAUGAAAUUACUUAAAAAAAAAAAAAAAGGCUAAACCACUGGGGGGUGAUGGCGUCACUGUCCUUUUCCAGAGAAGGAUCUUUUUCAGUGUGUUAUUCUCACUAAUGGUGCACAGUCUGUGCUUCAAAUCCUGGUACUUUUAUUUUAAAUACCAAAAAAAAAAAGAAUGAAUGAAUAAAGAAAUAUCUAUCAAAGCUACGUCACUGAUGUAAAUGAUGCUGGUGUUUUAAAACUUUGUCUCGCUGAAGUUUCCCUUUGUGUUAAAUGUCGACUGCAUGCGGGAGUGCCUUCUUCUGGAACAUGAAGUAUUCCUCUGGGGCCCGUUUCAAUUAUGUCUGAUUGUCGCUAAAGGGCCCUCGUUUGUCUGCUCUCAGUUCCCGCCGAUUCUAAGGGAAGGUGUUUGAACAGGUACCGUGACGCGUCUCAAUCCGAAGGAAGUCGUUGUCUUUUUUGUUUUUUCGUUUUUCAGCUCGAUUAAAGUGAACUCGUCGUCGCCUGGGUGUGAAACUGCCUUGUUCCAAUCUCAAAAACCACAAGUGGACUAUGUAAAAGUGUGCACUUCUUCUUCUCGUCUCUCCGAAGCCCAGGAAGCUUUCUGAUGACACCAGCAUGAAAAAUUUCAGCUUCUCUCACUCCACACGCUCGUUCCUUUGAAACCAAAACAUUCAGUAAAUACAGAUUUUAGAUUUUUGCUCCCUUUGAAAACCAACUCCAGCUGAAAUGAGCAAUAUCUCCUCCGACUCUCAAGUCUCCGACAUAAAACAGGAUAAAUACUUGAUAAAAUCGCCACAAAAAAGAUUUUAGCACGUCGCUUUUACUCUACAAGUCACUAUUGAUGGGCAUUUCAACUCACUGAACUGAUUCAAUUCCUUUAAACUACCUGUUUAAGUGAAUCGAGUUCAGAUUUCUUCAUGUGGCUCACGUUCGAGAAUUUAACUAUCGAAAUCUCACACUUUCAGGUGAUUUUAAGAUUCUCGUUUUAGUGUGUAAAUAAAGAAAGAAGAAGAAGAAUUGAUUUGAUUUUAUUCUGUAUGUUUUUUUGCGGAUCACUUAAAGGAGUCGUUCAGAAGGAAUCAAUCAUUUGGAAUGAAUCACUGGUCACUACAAGGCGUGUGUUUAAUUCUGUGUUAAUUGUGUCCAAAUCCCAUUAUGGUGUUGUAUUAUUAUUAUUAUUAUU